ACAUAAACACGCCGGAACGUCAAAAAUCGCGUGCUUCAUCCGCACUCUCGCAAGUCCGCUGAAAUUUCCAAGUUUUUAUAUUUAAUUCCUAAAUUCCAGUUUAUUUUUGCGUAAAAACUUUAUCAAUCAACGGUUAAAGUAAUCAUGGCUCUCCGGGCACAGUUCGAAAACAACGACGACAUAGGUGUGUUCAGCAAAUUGACUAAUUCGUACUGUCUGGUUGCCAUCGGCGGAUCCGAAACAUUCUACAGCGUUUUUGAAUCGGAAUUGGCAGAGACUAUUCCAGUGGUACAUGCCAGCAUUGCCGGUUGCCGGAUCAUUGGCCGUCUAACGGUCGCCAACAAAAAUGGGCUCAUUGUCCCGGGCAGUACAACAGACGUCGAAUUGCAGCAUUUGAGAAACUCGCUUCCGGACACCGUUAAAAUCCAACGCGUCGAGGAACGCCUGUCGGCUCUGGGUAAUGUUAUCGCGUGCAAUGACUAUGUGGCACUGGUCCAUCCGGAUCUGGAUCGGGAAACUGAGGAAAUCGUUGGGGACGUACUGGGAGUGGAAGUUUACCGCCAGACCGUGGCCAACAAUGUCCUGGUGGGGGCGUACUCGGUGCUGAGCAAUCAGGGAGGGUUGAUCCAUCCGAAGGCACCUACAUCAGAACUAGAUGAACUGGCUUCGUUGCUACAGAUUCCUCUGGUGGCUGGCACGGUCAAUCGUGGGUCGGAAGUUCUGGCAGCCGGCAUGGUGGUAAAUGAUUGGUGCGCCUUCUGUGGGAUGAGCACCACUUCGACGGAACUUUCGGUGGUGGAAAGCGUUUUCAAACUUAACGAGGCACAACCGGCGGCGGUAACCAACAAUCUGAGGGCGUCACUCAUUGAGGCAAUGUCCUAAAACGGCUGCCCCUUAAUGAGACCAGGUGGGUAAAGUUUACUCUUAUUCAAAUAAUGAUGCGGUUGGUUCAUUGGAGAUCAGCAAUUUCCAAACGUGGUACCUAUUGCCUAUUAUACAAUUAUUCAAACCAGAAUAUCCAGCAUUGAACAGACGAAAUGUACAAUAUACGGAUGAUAUAAUUAAGUUAAAA